AUGAGAGAGGCGAACAAUAAGUCUGAACUUCUAACACCCUUGCUCAUAACUGCUCUUGUUAUCGUGUUUCUCAUCAUGACUCUUCUCUGGUUUAAGCAUUUACAUGGAAUUUCUGGGAGCGACACCUCUCUUGUAAGGACAGGCGAAUCUGCCCUCAACAGUAGGUGUCAACGGCUAGAUUCUCAAGGGCCCUCAUCGCCGGUCAAUACCGCUUAUACACCAGAUACAGGGCCGAGAAUACAGCGCUUGAUCCGGAAACACAACCAGCAGUCAAAUAUAACACCUCCAUUUGUUUUUAGUCAGAAGGCACAGAGCGGUUAUACUAUGCAGAACUAUGGAGUUGCAAAUAAAUUCCCAGACUCUCCUGCAUUGUCGCAUGAUGAACUACAUGAUGUAGGAGCACCAAGCCAUGCACUGUCUAGAUCCACUACGUUAUUUCCAUUAAGUUCUGGAGGUCGUGGCGGUGGCUUUAGAGCACAGCAGUCAAUACCAUUGCGCCAACUGUCAAAAGACCAUACAUACGUAGAAUCGAACGCUCAACAUCCAUAUGGAGGCGAAAGUAGCAACUCAUAUCAGGAUAGCUCCUACGGGCAGUCUACUUACCGUGAAUACCAUCGAGACUAUGCAAGACCAAGCAUGAGGCAGGAAGUAGAAGACAGCUCAAAUACGGUUGGCUCUAGCCCUCGUGGUCAGAACUUUAGCUUUACCAGCAGUCCUCGUCCGUUAAGGGGCCAGCCGAUGCACACGUCUCCAGACAGAUAUAGACUUGGCCAGCCUGCAUAUGGACAGAGUGGCUCACAUAGCCCACCAAAGUCUGGAGGCGGUGAGUCUUCACUUUCUUACCUCCGGCCUAACCCUCUCCGCAUCCAUAAGGCUCGAUCCGGCCCCGUACCUUCCACCUUCUCCAGUAAUGGAUAUUCCCAUGGCAUGACUCGUCUGGAGAACACGAGACAGGGAAGCUUGGAAAAUGCAGAUCACGACACUAAAGGUCAACCAUCCUCCGACUACCAUCAUCCACGACAGAAUUGGCAGUCCCAGACCCAGGACUAUUCAACGGAAAGUGAUUUAAAGUGGAAAGGAAAGGGGGUGGUGCCAAGUGGGGAAGAUAAACCACUGAUGCCUGGAGGCUCUUCUAGAUUCCGCACGGGCCAAUCUCCCAUCCACCCCUUUGGAAGACAACACAGCCAAAACAAACUUGGCCCAUCUGGCGGGGAUACCGGGGCGGAGGGAAGGCCCUUAGAACACUAUACAACGGCACCUGAGCAGGCACCAGUUGCAUAUGGGCUGCCUCCUUUGGGCAGAGAAAAUGCAGCAACGCAGACAGACCUGGGUGGCGAGGGGAGCCCUGAUAUAGGGGAGAGAAAGUUGAGUAUGUUUGACUUGGUCUCUCGACUUAGAAAUUGA